AUGAAUAAACAAGAACGAUUUGAAUAUUGGACAAAAUUUGUUAUUCAUCAUCCGAAAGCAAAUAUAUUUGAUGCUAAACAAUUUUUUAUUGAUAUGAUUGAAAAAAAUUUUUUAACUAUUCUUAAUUAUCAACAAAAACGACUUGUAACAAUGAUGAAUAUAUAUAUUAAAGAAAAUAGAAAUUUUUUAUCAAAACAAUUAAAAUUAAAUUCAAAUGAAUGUCAACAAAUUUGUAAAAAAGCAUUAGAAAAAUUUAUUCAAUGUGAUUUUACACAUAUGACAUUACUUGAUAUUGAUUUAAUUAAUAAUGCUUAUCAAUCAAGUGAUCCUAUUGAAUAUCCUAUUGAUGAUUUACAAUUAAGAAUUAUAUUUGAUAUGAUUGCAGUACUCCAUGAAGUUUUACGAUCCGCAUCACAAUCAUUAACCUAUUCAUUUGAAUAA